GCCUGCAGCCAUGGCGCUGGGCCCGAUCCUGGCGCUGCUGGGCCCGAUCCUGGCGCUGCUGGGCCCGAUCCUGGCGCUGCUGGGCUCCCUGCGCCUCCUCUCCCGGCUCCGGAACACGUGCGGGCACCUCCGCAGCUUCCCGUGCCCACCCUGGCGCGGAUGGAUCCUGGGGCACAUGGGGAUGGCCAAGAGCACGGAGGAGGGGCUGGAGCAGGCGGAGGCGCUGGCAGCCCGGUACCGGCGCGGCUGCCUCUGGUGGCUGCUGCCCUGGCUGCCGGUGCUGCGGCUCUUCCACCCCGACACGCUGCGACCGGUGCUGACGGCCGCAGCCUCCAUUGCCCCCAAGGACCAGCUCUUCUACGGCUUCCUCCAGCCCUGGCUGGGGGACGGGCUGCUGCUGAGCCAUGAGCGCAAGUGGGUGCAGCACCGGCGCCUCCUGACGCCCGCCUUCCAUGGGGACCUGCUCAAGUCCUACCUGGGCAUCUUCAACCACAGCACCCGCAUCAUGCACGACAAGUGGUGCGCAGCAGCGGGGCCCAUGGGUGCUGCGGUGGCGCUGGAGGUGCUGGACCAGCUCAGCCUCCUCACCCUGGACAGCCUCCAGAGAUGCAUCUUCAGCCAUGAGAGCCACUGCCAGCAGCAGCCCAGCGAGUACAUCGAGGCCAUCCUGGAGCUGAGCAGGUUGGUGGUGCGGCGCCAGCAGCACCUUCUCCAUUACUCCUGGUGGCUUUACCGGCUCUCGGGCGACGGGCGCCGCUUCACCCAGGCCUGUGCCACCGUCCACGGCUUCACCGCGGCUGUGGUGCAGCGCCGGCGCCAGGCUCUGCAGUGCCUGGGCCACCAGGCUUGGCUGGACCAUCACCGCGGCCAGCGCAUGGACUUCAUCGACCUCCUGCUGCUCGCUAAGGACGAGGAUGGGAAUGCGCUGACGGACGAGGACAUCGCAGCCGAGGCCAACACCUUCAUGUUUGCCGGCCACGACACCACAGCCAGCGCCUUGGCUUGGCUGCUCUACAACCUGGCCGGCCACCAGCAGCACCAGGAGCGCUGCCGCCAGGAGGUCCAGGAGCUCCUCAAGGGCCGGGAUGCGGAAGACAUCGAAUGGGAGGACCUGUCCCGCCUGCCCUUCACCACCAUGUGCAUCAAGGAGAGCCUCCGCCUGCAUCCCCCGGUGACUGCCGUGUGCCGAUGCUGCACCCAGGACCUGGCCACGCGCGAUGGAAGGGUCAUCCCCAAGGGGGUCACCUGCUUGAUGAGCAUCUAUGGGACCCAUCACAACCCCGAAAUGUGGCCUGAUCCUCAGGUCUACAACCCAUUGAGAUUCAGCCCAGAGAACAGCCAGGGACGGUCCCCGUUGGCCUUCAUCCCCUUCUCUGCUGGCCCCAGGAACUGCAUCGGGCAGAGCUUCGCCAUGGCUGAGAUGAAGGUGGUGGCGGCCCUGACCGUGGCACGGUUCCGCAUCCGCCUGGACCCGGCGCGGCCGCCGCGGCGCAAGCCCGAGCUCAUCCUGCGCACCGAGGACGGGCUCUGGCUGCUGCUGGAGCCGCUGCCCAAGGGGGCCUGA